AUGGUCCAAAAAUACUCACUUCUAAAUAACGUCUACUUCCUUGGUGGGUUCGCCACCAUGGGCGGGAUGCUGUUCGGAUUUGACAUCUCGUCAAUGUCGGGAGUGGUCGGCACACAGCGCUACCAAGAAUUCUUCAACCACCCUUCGUCCUCCCUCCAGGGCGGCAUCGUCGCCUCCAUGGCCGCAGGCUCCUUCUGUGGUGCCCUUCUGGCAGGACCCCUCGGCGACAAGUUCUCUCGCAAACGUACCAUCAUGCUCGCUGCGUCCAUCUGGAUCAUCGGUUCCAUCAUCCAAUGCGCCUCUGUCAAUGUCGCCAUGCUUAUCGUUGGUCGUGUUGUCAACGGUGUUGCUGUCGGUCUUGCUUCCAUGAUCGUUCCCGUCUACCAGGCCGAGAUUGCGCCCAAGAAUAUUCGUGGUCGUAUUGUCUCUCUCCAGCAGUGGGCUAUUACUUGGGGUAUUUUGAUCCAGUACUUUAUCCAGUAUGGGUGUUCGUUUAUUGAAUCCGAUGCUGCCUUCCGUAUCCCUUGGGGUCUCCAGGUCGUCCCCGGUGCGAUCCUUCUGAUUGGCAUCUCUUUCUUCCCUUUCUCCCCGCGUUGGUUGGCCGACAAGGGUCGUUGGGAGGAGGCUCUCGAGGUCCUGGCAAACCUCCGUGCUCGUGGUGACAAGAACGACCCUGCUGUCCAGGCCGAGUAUAAGGAGAUUGAGGACGCCGUCAUCUUUGACCGCACACUCGCUGCCCGAUCCUACAUGGAACUGUUCCGCAAGCCCGCUGUCCGUCGCGUCUUCCUUGGAAUGUCUCUCCAGUCCUGGUCUCAGCUCACAGGCAUGAACGUCGCCAUGUACUACAUCGUCUUUAUCUUCCAAGGCGCCGGCAUCACUGGUCAAAACGCCAACCUCCAGGCCUCCGCCAUCCAGUAUGUCCUCAAUGUCAUCAUGACCAUCCCUGCGAUUCUCUUUAUCGACCGCUGGGGUCGCCGUCCUGUCCUCGUGAUCGGCUCGACAUUCAUGGCUCUCUGGCUGUUCUUGAUCGGUGGUCUAAUGGGCAAGUUCGGUUCCCCCAUUGUCUCCGACAACCAAACAACCACCUGGGCGAUUCAAGACAACCCUUCUGCCUCGCAUGCCGUUAUUGCCUGCUCGUACCUCUUUGUCUGCUCCUUUGCCAUCUCCUGGGGUCCCGUCUCCUGGACCUACCCCGCCGAGAUUUACCCCAUGCGUAUCCGUGCCAAGGCUGUCUCACUCUCGACCGCCUCCAACUGGGCUUUCAACUUUGCCCUCGCCUAUGCUGUCCCCCCACUGCUCCAGUCCAUCCAGUACCGGACUUAUUUCAUCUUUGCCUCCUUUUGUGUGGCCAUGACCGUCCAUGUCUUCUUUAUGUUCCCCGAGACCAAGGGCCGUACUCUGGAAGAAAUGGAUGAGUUGUUCAACUCGGAUAUCCCUGCCUGGAAGACUGCCGCCCAACCCGCCUCGCGUCUGGAUCAUGAUAUUGAGGAAUUGAAGUUGAAUCAGGACCAACCUCAGCAAAAACAAUUGGAUGACAGCAGCAGUGGCAGUAAUUCGGACCAUCAUCUCCGCCCUUACGAUUCGACUGUUCCCCAAAAGAUGGAAAUGGUUCCUGGCGAGAAGUCCGAGCUCGAGCACGUCCCUGCCGAGAAGACCGAACCUGAUCACGUCUAA